UGCCUCAUACGAAACUAAAAAUGUUCAGGGUGCAAGUAACGAUCGGUUUGCUGUUGGCAGUGCUGGCACUUUGUCAGGCCCGUCACACCAACGAGCAGAUCCAGAUGAUCCAGCCCCACUACGACAUGUGCGUGGAGCGGAAUGGGCUUCAGGACGCGCCCAAAAUCGCCGACGCCGGUCUGGCCGAGCUGGUGACGCGCACGGAUGACGUUUCCAAGAAGGUCAUUCAGUGCGUGCUGCUGCGGCUGAACCUGAUCGACUGCCAGGGCACGGUUAAGCGGAAGCGGUUCGAGGCGUUCUACGAGGAUGGCCACGAGGUGGACACGCUGCCGGGGGUGAUUAACGGGUGCACCCAGCGGAAGGGGACGGCGCUGGAGAAGACGUUCAACUUUUACAAGUGCUUCUUCGAGCAGAAGACGUUCGUUAUUUGAGGAUUUUGAUAGUUGAGUUGGUUGUUUUUGUGCGUGUUUUUUUAGUGGUGAUGGCUUGAAAUAAAUGAUAUUUAGUUGUUGAAAACUCA